UUUCCACCUCCGCCCCGCGGGGAGAAACAUCACUUUUUUUUUUUUUUUUUUGCAAUUUACGUUUGGUUUGUCGUCCAUUUUAAUAAUUGCGGAUGUUUGUGGGAAUUGUGGACUUCGAAUUAAAUUACUCUGUUUAUACGGGCAGGCUAGCCGUAUGGCCUAACUCAAUAUAAUUCUAUAACUCAGAGGAACAGCCGCAACAGGGACGAUUUCAACACCUCCGUCCUGACAGUCCGUCCUGCCUCUCCCACCCCCCCCUCCCCCUCGCUUCCUGUUUCCCCCUCCACUCUCCACCACCACCUCAGACACCCUUCAAAAAUGCCUACGAUCCCAUCUCCAGCUAUAACCCUCCUCUCCCCUCUCACCCCGCCCUCUCUCGAACGGACCUGGCUCACAGCCCCGCACCCGCGCCUCCCUUUCGUCGCAACCUGCAGUGCCGACAAAACCGUCCGCAUCUACUCACUGCAGAACUUCACCUUACUCUCGACGAUAUCUGGCGGCCACAAGCGCAGCGUGCGCAGCUGUGCAUGGAAACCUCUCGUAAAAGGCGAGAGCGUGUUGGCGACGGGGAGUUUUGACGCGACAGUCGGCGUAUGGAGGCGGUGGGAUGGAUACGGGCGUGGAGGUGAUGAUGAUCGGAUGGCUGUGGUGGAGGCUGGUGCCGGAGCCGGAAGCAAUGACAGCAACGCCUACGCCGACGCCGACGCCGACGCCCACUCCAACAACGAAGAAGAGGACGACGAGGAAUGGCGCUUCGCCGUCCUUCUAGACGGGCACGACAGCGAGGUGAAAUCCCUCUCCUGGUCCCCCGCCGGCGCCCUGCUGGCUACCUGCUCGCGCGACAAGUCUAUCUGGAUCUGGGAGGAUCUGGACGAUGGCGAUAAUAACUUUGAGACCGUCGCGGUUAUGCAGGAGCAUACGGGCGAUGUGAAGUGGGUAAGCUGGCAUCCGACUGAGGAGUGUUUGGCGAGUGCGAGUUAUGAUGAUACGGUCCGGUUGUGGAGGGAGGAUAUUGAUGAUUGGGGCCAGGUGGCGUGUCUACGGGGCCAUGAGGGUACGGUGUGGUGUGUCGAGUGGGAGUCUGGUGAGGCGGGGUGUACUGUUCCUGUUUCUGCAAGUGGUGAUAGUGAAGAUGGAGGAAGAGAAGAAGACGCCGAUAUAACAGAAACGCGCCGGAAACAAUGGAUUGAACGGCGUACACUUGCCGGUCCCCGGCUAGUCUCCUGCUCCGACGACCGCACGAUUCGCAUAUGGGAUAAGCAAACUCGCCCUCCUACAACCGGCCAAAACACCGGCCCCUCAUCAAUGCCCAGCAUAAUCCGCCCCGCCGAUACUGACGAAAAGUGGCUUGAGCAGUCGCAGUUACCAUCGCGGCACGAUCUAUCCGUCUACUCCGUUGCAUGGAGCAAGCGGAGCGGGCUGAUCGCGUCGACAGGCGCCGAUGGGAGGAUCGUAGUAUACCAGGAGCGAUUUGUGAAUGUGGAGAAGGCCGCGGGGGAAUCUACAGCCACAGAUGCGAAUGCAGAUAUGGAUACCCCCUCGUCGCCAGCAGAUAAUAUAGAGAAGAAUGAUGAUGAUAUUACGCAGGCAAAGGGACAAGAAGCACAGUCACAACCAGAACACGCAACUAACCCGCGAACAGAAUGGCAUGUCCUCGCUAUGAUCGAUGCUGCACACGGUCUUUACGAGGUUAAUCAUAUUUGCUGGGCGCUGCGGGCUGAUCGGGGGCGAAAGGAAGGGGAGGAGGAGGAGGUGCUAAUAAGUACGGGUGAUGAUGGCUGUGUAAAGGUUUGGAGGUUGGAGAGAUGAUGAUGACGAUGAUCAAUAGACUAUAACUAAUGCAUGCAUAUGUAUUUUGUUAUGUUCAUCUCUCUCUCCUUUGACAUUUUCAGGUCUGAGUUUUGAUCACCAUUGGAUUUUGCAUCAGUUGGGGCAUAACUUUUUAUGUUCUUAUAUAGAUCAUAAAAAUGUGUCCUGGGCGAUUUGGAUUCGUUGAUUGAUUAUAUAUAUCCUUAUAAUCUAUGUUGUUUUUUAAUGUCUGAUUAGGAAACGUUUCCACAUUCCACCGCUCCCCCCGAUUGGCAAAUUAGAUAGAAGGGGGAAUUUGUAUCAAUCCCACAUGCUCUACAUCCAGGCAUGUUAUGCAUUCUGAUGAACUUCGCACGUAAUAAAUCUCUUUCAAAUGAAUCGAUGCAUCAGAAAUAUUCAAGAAACCUUAAAGAAAUAGCUAGAUAUCCCUGCACAACAACACCUUGCUUCGUACGAGAAUGACACAGAGCUAGGAAAAAAGCAUAGCAGCAAGACAAGACAUGAAGAUAAUAUCGAGGUGGAAUCAAGAUAUAUGCCUAGGUAUGUAUCCAGUAAAAAAACAGAGCGCCAAAAUACGACGUUAUAAAUGGUGGAAAUCACAAACUGAAUGCAUAGCAAAAUAUAAGAUGAGCUCUAACAAAAGGUUCCCGAACACCCUGCAUGUAAUAAUAAGCCUAGCAACCCAAAAAAGAAAAGAAAAGAAAAGAAAAGAAA